AUGUCGAAGCUCUCCUCGCUUCCCGACCUUACUUUCCUCCCAGGAACUUCGGAUUUAUUUUUCUUCUCCUCAAACGACCCAGACAGUCCGAAUUGCACAAUGUCCAGCCAACCGCUUCUUCAAACCGCGCCCGGCAAGCGAAUUGCCCUGCCCACCCGUGUCGAGCCCAAGGUUUUCUUCGCAAACGAGCGAACCUUCCUCUCCUGGCUGAACUUCACCGUCAUUCUUGGCGGUCUGGCCGUUGGCCUGCUCAACUUCGGUGACCGCAUCGGUCGCAUCUCCGCCGCCCUUUUCACCGUUAUCGCCAUGGGCGCGAUGAUUUACGCCUUGGUUACAUUCCACUGGCGAGCACAGAGUAUUCGGCGUCGCGGGCAGGGUGGUAUUGAUGAUCGGUUCGGUCCGACUAUUUUGGCGAUUGCGCUGCUUGCCGCUGUGGUGGUGAACUUUAUCUUGCGGAUCAAGGAUGGUCAGAUGGAUUGA